AUGGCUUCAGAGCAACGCAGAAAGUGGUAUCACAUCAAGUGGUUUGCAGACGAUGACACGAAAGAGGAACGGCAGCUGAUUUUCAAGCUGGAUCUUCUGAUUGUUCCAUAUGCCUUUCUUGCGUACUGGACGAAGUAUAUAGACCAAUCCAACAUAAACAAUGCUUAUGUUUCGGGUCUUUCUGAUGAUCUGAACCUGCACGGUAAUGCCCUCGUUCAUCUGCAGACAAUGUACACCGUGGGCGCGGUUCUGGGUCAAAUCCCCUUCGCAUAUCUCUUCACCAAAUUUCCAAUGUCCUGGGUUAUUCCAGCUUUGGAUAUUUCAUGGGGCGUGUUUACGUUGCUGCAGUAUCGAGCGACGUCGUACGGGGAGUUGAUGGCUUACCGAUUUCUUGUAGGAUGGUUUGAGGUUUGA